AUGGGUGUUCCCUCAUUCUUUAGAUGGCUUUCCAGGAAGUAUCCCAAAAUCAUAUCUCCAGUUCUGGAGGAUACGCCUCAAAUUGUUGAUGGGGUAGCGUUGCCAAUAGACUAUGCAGGUGCUAAUCCCAACGGGGAAUUGGACAAUCUUUAUCUGGAUAUGAAUGGUAUUGUACACCCAUGUUCCCAUCCAGAAAAUAAACCACCCCCAGAAACAGAAGACGAGAUGCUUCUGGCGGUCUUUGAGUACACAAAUCGGGUCUUAAACAUGGCAAGACCUCGCAAAGUCUUAAUGAUUGCCGUCGACGGUGUGGCACCAAGAGCUAAAAUGAACCAACAGCGUGCACGUCGGUUCCGAAGUGCGCGCGAUGCCCAGAUCCAAAAUGAAGAGCGUGAAAGAGCUUUACUAGAACGCGAAGAUAUGGGUGAGAUUAUUGAUGAGGGCAUCAGAAACAAGAAAACCUGGGAUAGCAAUGCAAUCACCCCGGGAACGCCAUUCAUGGACAAGUUAGCUGCAGCACUGCGAUAUUGGAUCAGCUUCAAGCUUGCCACGGAUCCAGGAUGGAAACAUUUGCAGGUUAUCAUCAGUGACGCUACAGUCCCAGGGGAAGGUGAGCAUAAAAUUAUGAAUUUCAUCAGAUCUCAAAGAGCAGACCCUCAGUAUAAUCCAAAUACGUCCCAUUGUAUAUAUGGGCUGGAUGCAGAUCUCAUUUUCCUAGGUUUGGCGACUCAUGAACCACACUUCAAAAUAUUAAGAGAAGACGUAUUCGCUCAAGACAAUCGCAGAAGACAACGUGUACAGGAUACCAUCAACAUGACAGAAGAAGAGAAGCAAAGCAUAUCUGCUCAGGAUGCUGAAAAGCCAUUUCUCUGGCUUCAUAUAAGCGUCUUGCGGGAGUAUCUCGCGGUAGAGCUCUUGGUGCCUCGGCUAUCUUUUGACUUCGACUUAGAAAGAGCAAUUGACGAUUGGGUAUUCAUGUGUUUCUUCUGUGGUAAUGACUUCUUACCUCAUCUCCCAUCGCUAGACGUGCGUGAGAACAGCAUCGACAUUUUAGUGGAAAUCUGGAAGGCAAUCCUCCCACGCCUUAAGACAUAUAUGACGUGCGAUGGUGUGCUAAAUCUUGAAUCUGUGGAAUUGUUGCUGAGUCAAUUGGGAAGUCGGGAGCCCGAACUUUUCAAAGGCAGGUACUUGCAAGAAGUGAGGAAGCAAGAGGCUGCCAAACGGCGCAAGAUGUUGAAAAGCAACAAUAACGUUACUAAGGGGAAAACUGAUCGUAACUUCACAAUGCCUUUGGAAAACAUGCCUGUAUAUGACGUUUCGGGAACUGCUGCUGAUGGCUCGCUGAACUUGUCAAACCGAGAUUUCGUAAAGUACAGGAAGGAAAUGAAUUUGGCAAACGAGGGAGAUGAUAAAUCUGCAGCCGCUUUGCGGGCCCAAAGUACGCAAAACAUGAAACCUCAGAGUCAAUACACUGAGGAACAAGUUUCUAGUGCAGUGGAGACUGCGAAUGUAGCCAACUUUUCAGCUGCAGCUAUCAUGAAGCAAAAGUUGUUGGCCAAGUCUCUCGAGAAGGCGGAUGAGGAGGUAGGUACAAAUGGGAAUCCCGAAAAAGUUAACGCUUCUGAAGAUAAAGAAGGUGCUACAAAGAGAACAUUUGAUGAUGUGGAAAAUGGCGACUCAGCAACUCCAAGUGUCGCAGAUGAGGAUUCACAAACACCUGCAAGCUUUCAGGUGGUUCACACUGGACUUGUGUCUAGUGGCGUUAUUGACACAGAUGAAGAGGUGAAAUUAUUCGAACCUGGUUAUCAUGAUAGGUACUACACGGCAAAGUUUCAUGUCCAAGAACGCGAUAUUGAAUCUUUGCGUAGAGACCUAGUGAAGUGUUAUGUUGAGGGUGUUUCUUGGGUUCUUUUGUAUUAUUACCAGGGCUGUGCAUCUUGGGAUUGGUACUAUCCAUACCACUAUGCCCCCUUUGCAUCGGAUUUUAAAAACAUCGGAAGUCUGGAGAUCGCAUUUGAGAAAGGUGAACCAUUUUUGCCUUUUGAACAGUUAAUGAGUGUUUUGCCAGCCGCAUCUGGCCAUAAUUUACCCGAAAUUUUCAGAACUUUAAUGAAGAAUCGCGAUUCUGAGAUUAUCGAUUUCUACCCAGAGGAAUUCCCUGUUGAUAUGAACGGGAAGAAGAUGUCCUGGCAAGGAAUUGCAUUAUUGCCAUUCAUUGACGAAAAGCGCUUACUAAAAGUGGUACGUCAACAAUAUGAACAUCUGAGCGAAAAAGAAAGGCUGCGCAACGUGCGGAAGCAAGAAGUGCUACUGAUCAGUAACAGAAAUGCCAACUACGAAAAAUUCUCUAAAAAACUCUACGGAUCGACUCCAGUUGAGACUAUCAUUUUCCAGCAUUUUAAAAGUGGUCUCUCUGGGAAGGCAAUCAUCGACAAGGAAGGGUUCUCACUAAACAGCAAACUUGUAAGCCCAGUUGUUGGUGGUGGAUUGCCAGACAUUAGCACAAAUCUUUUCUUGAAGGUAGGAUAUUGUAUGCCUGAACUUCCAGCUCCAAGUAAAUCAGUUCUUUUGAAUGGAUUUAUUCCUCCGCAGAUGAUGCUUACUCCUCAGGACCGCGAUGCCAUUGCUUACCGCUAUAGUCAUAGGUGGAACGCUAUGGAUAUGAAACACAAUAUUGUCCCCACCGGAUCCUGCAGCACUACGCAAUACCAACGGCGCGUAGGAGGGUAUAAAUCCUUUUUGUUCUACCAACAAGCGCAUAGUGGGCCCCUUCCUGUGGCUUCGCAUGGGCAUACGAGCUAUGGGAACGUGCGUCCUCUAGGGUCGAGAUAUAACGACGGUAAAGGUAAUCACCGAGGUUACCAGAGUAGAUACCAGGGGAAUACUCAGAAUGCGCCGCCAGUAAACCAAUCCCGAUUCUCACGACACUCGAACUCAACUCAUAACCAGCCAAAUCCUCGCAAAGUAUGGAGAGGCUAG